GGCGGAAGUAGCUCCGGGCAGCCGGAGGCGGAACUUCCGGUCGUCCCGGCAACGGCGCCUCGCCUCGCCUCGGCUGCCCUCCUUCCCGCCGCGGGAUGUUUUCCCUGGAUUUCUUAGACGAUGUUCGGCGGAUGAAUAAGCGCCAGCUGUAUUACCAGGUGCUGAACUUUGGGAUGAUUGUCUCUUCAGCACUGAUGAUCUGGAAAGGGCUGAUGGUAGCAACGGGCAGUGAAAGCCCCAUCGUGGUCGUACUUAGUGGUAGCAUGGAACCGGCAUUCCACAGAGGCGACCUCCUCUUCUUAACCAAUCGCAUCGAAGAGCCAAUCAGAGUGGGGGAAAUCGUGGUCUUUAGGAUAGAAGGAAGAGAAAUCCCGAUAGUGCACCGGGUGCUGAAAAUUCAUGAAAAACAAAAUGGAGACAUCAAGUUUUUGACAAAAGGGGACAACAACGCGGUCGAUGACAGAGGCUUGUACAAGCAGGGGCAGCACUGGCUGGAAAAGAAGGACGUGGUGGGAAGAGCAAGAGGAUUUGUGCCAUAUAUUGGAAUAGUGACCAUCCUGAUGAACGAUUACCCCAAAUUCAAGUACACGGUUCUAUUUCUGCUGGGCUUGUUUGUCUUAGUCCACCGAGAGUAAUCCUGCCACUGAGAAGGCAACCCAAGAGAUGCUGGCCCAAGCUGACGAACAGCCGGUGGAGUGUGAUUGCGUGUACAUUUCACUGCUUCCCAACUGAGUUGGGGGUUUGGCUUUUUUGGUUUUGUUUUCUACUACUGGUGUGUAACAGGAAAGUUGAUCCCAAUAUUUUGAACGGUUUGUCACAUUUUAGCCUUUUUGUACGUCGGUGAAUUUUUUAUAUUAAAAGUUUCCAGUCGAAGCACCACCAA